CGAAAACAGGCUGAGCUCGCCUGCCCCUUCCUCCUCUUUCCUUGCAGCGCCUCUUCCGGGCUCCUCUCUCUCUCUGAUCUGGGCACACGACAAUACCCUGGAGCUCGGCUAGGACCCUGGUGUGAGAAAUGUUUGGAAUCUCUCAGCAGGAGGCCAGAGGCCUGGCCAGUGAGUCUUCUGAGAAGACAGAUGAGGAACCCUUGGAUUCCUAUGAAUUGGGUGAUCCUGUGGCCAGCUUCUCCCAGAUGAGCCCACACCUCUCUUCUCGAGGAAGCAUCAUCAAAUAUUUUCGGGAUGCAUCUGAGGAAGUGUAUAAGACCUACUGCUUGGAUAAGUAUGAUGAAGACAAGAACCCUAAUGGAAUCAUUAGUUUUGGCACUAGUGAAAACAAGCUCUGCUUUGACCUGCUGUCCAGUCGGCUGAAUCAGAGGGACAUGUGCCACAUCGAGCCUUCCUUGUUGCAGUAUCCCAGCUGGAAAGGACACAUGUGGCUUCGGAAUGAGGUGGCUGGAUUCCUGUCCCACUACUGCAAGGCCCCUGUUCCCCUCAAACCAGAGAAUGUGGUUGUAGUGAAUGGUUGUGCCUCCCUCUUCUCUAUCUUGGCCACAGUCCUGUGUGAUCCAGGGGAGGCUUUUCUGAUCUCCACUCCUUAUUAUGGGGCCAUCACUCAACAUGUGUAUCUCUAUGGGAAUGUUCGAUUGGUCUAUGCCCACCUGGACAGCAGGGUCACUGGCAUGGACAGCCACCCCUUCCAACUCACGGUCAAGAAGCUGGAGAAAGCCCUUCAGGGAGCCAAGUCUGAAGGAAUUAACGUCAAAGGCCUCAUUCUCAUCAACCCUCAAAACCCUCUGGGUUACAUCUACUCUCAGGAACAGCUGCAGGAGUACCUGGAGUUUGCAAAGAGGUAUGAGCUCCACGUGAUAGUGGAUGAGGUGUACAUGUUGUCAGUUUUUGACGAGUCCGCCAUGUUCCAUAGUGUCCUGGGCAUGGACAGGCUUCCUGAUCCCCAGAGGACCCAUGUGAUGUGGGGAACCAGCAAGGAUUUUGGCAUCUCAGGCUUUCGCUUUGGUACCCUAUACACAGAGAACCAGGAUGUAGCCAAUGCUGUGGCCUCCCUUGGUCGUCUGCAUGGCAUCUGUGGCACUGUCCAGUACCAGCUGAUGCAGCUGCUUCGGGACCGAGAUUGGAUCGACCAGGUAUACCUCUCUGAAAACCUUGCCCGACUCAGGGCUGCCCAUGCCUACGUCACGGAGGAGCUGGAGACCAUGAACGUCCCCUUCCUCAGGGCCAAAGCUGGUUUCUUUGUCUGGAUUGACUUGAGAAAGUACCUGCCCACGGGCACCUUUGAGGAGGAGUUCUCCUUGUGGCAUCGUUUCCUAGACCAUAAGGUAUUUCUGUUCUGUGGAAAGUCCUUUGAGUGCAAAGAACCCGGCUGGUUCCGCCUUGUUUUCUCGGACGAGAUGCACAGGCUGCAGCUGGGCAUGCAGCGGAUCCGUAAGGUGCUUGAGAAGGAGCCCCAGGUGGCCAAGACCCCUUCACUUGCCAGCCCCUGGAGAAGAGCAGUCAGUCUAGGGGAGGUGGCCUCUGAUUCACAGCCCAAGGAUGCUAAGUACGGGCAGGAAACAAGACUCCCUCACCUGUCUGAGUGGACGAGCAAAUGGCCACAGGGAAGCCUGGGGCGGCCGGGCCCUGGGUGAAAGGUUGAACUUUGGACUUUCUGUCACAUAUGAUACUCUUCUGUUUCUCCUUCUGCCCAAGCAGAAUGGGCAGGGAACUACCUGGCAAAGCAGACCUCCCUUCUCUCCCUGGGAACCCUGACCCCUUUCUUGAAACGUCAAAGCAAAAUAAAAGCUUUUUCUUUGAGA